CAGUGUAAGUGGGGAUCAGCGGCGGAGUUACGUGAGUUUUCCCAGCAGUUGAGUCGGCGAAGGGCGCAUUAAAUGAUCCAGAAGAAGAGGAAAAUGUGUUCGGCUAAAGCGUACUCUGAGGGGAAACAAAAAACGACCUGAACUGCCACACACGAGUAAGAUGGAAAAAUGUAUCGCUGUUUAGUGCAGUCAACAGCCUUGGGCAACAAAUAUGGCUUCUUGUGCCUUUUUCAAUAUGCUAUAAAAAUUGAUCUCCCGUGCAACCUAACGCCGUGGUGGCUCCGGCGAACUUCUGCAAGCCGCGAUAAGUUGAGUUCAGUAAUCGCUCGGUACUUUUGAUCGGUGAGGAUAUUACAUCCACUUGGCCGUCGGGGUUAGCUGGGAAGCUACGGAACUACAGCGGAUAGCAAUGGAGCAAAAGCACAAAGAGUUGCUAGACCAGUGCCACCAGAACUUAUUGGAGUCCAUAACAGAUGCGGACCGAGUGAUCGAGCUGCUGAUAGUUUCUGGUACCUUGAGUCAACUCGAUAGGUUCGAACUGGACCAGAACUGCUCGUCCAGCGCCGAGAAAGUAGACCACCUUUUGAAGAUGCUGAUGAACAAGGAGAGCGACCAUUUCCUCGACCUGUGUGUGGCCCUGGAGAAGGCAUACCCUGACCUGUACACUGCCCUGUUCAGCAACAACGGCGGUGGACCUGUGGACCACUCCACCGGUUCCACAUACAGCGUUCUGUCCACCAUGCCCUCUGACUCAGAAAGCAGCAGCUCCCUCAGUAGUGUUGGUUCGCCUGUUAACGGUGAAGCGUCCUCCCCACCCCCAGCAAUCAACGACAACCGGCCAUCCGGUGACAACCUGGACACCAUUUUGUUCCAGCUCCGCCAGGUGACCAGGGAGAGGGAUGAGCUUCGUAAGCGUCUGGCGUUGGCAUCGCCCGGGACCACCUUCGAUGACUGCAGGCCGAAUUCCAAAGCUAGUCAUGACUAUGAGCGUCUGAAAAGCCAGUGCAUGAGGGCCAUGGCAGAUCUGCAGUCUCUUCAGAACCAGCACACCAAAACACUCAAGAGGUGUGAGGAGGCUGUAAAAGAGGCUGACUUCUACCACAUGUUGCACAGCCGCGUCUUGGGCGAACAGACACAGCUAAAGGAGGAGAUGGAGACCCUCAGGAGGGACAAUGCCCAGCUGGUCCGAGAACACAACCACCUAAAACAGAACUGUGAGGAGCUCAAACGACUGCACAGUCAAGACCAGAAAGAGUUGGCAGACCUCCGGCAGCAACAACAGCAGGUAAUGAGAGAGAAGGGCUCAUCAGAGGUGUUAAACAAACUGUAUGACACAGCUAUGGACAAGCUGGAGGGUGUAAAGAAGGAGUAUGACGCCCUGAGCAAGUGCUACAGUGAGAAGGUGGCAAACCAUAACACAGACCUGAGCCGCCUGGAGCAGGUCGAAGAGGAGAACCGGCGGCUGCAGAAGCAGAUGGAUGCACUGCUCAAACAGCGCGACUCAGCCAUGCACUACCAGCAGCAGUACUCCACCUCCAUGAGAAGGUUUGACUCAGUGCAGCAGGAGCUGAACAAGUCCGCAGCCCAGAACAAGGAGCUGCAGAGGGAGAUGGAGCGCCUGCAGUCGGAGGUGACGCGCUACAAGAACUUGCAGCUGAAAGCAGCCAAGGACUGCGAGAAGUACAAGGAGGAGAGGGACUCUGUGUUCAACGAGUAUCGUCUCAUCAUGAGUGAGAGGGACCAGGUGAUCAAAGAGCUGGACAAGUUACAGACAGAACUGGAGGCAGCCGAGGCGCGACUGAAAAACACCUCCUCGGAGAGAGUGGUGGCCAGUGAAGAGUUGGAGGCACUCAGACAGGAGUUGAACUCGUCACUGGUGGACCGCGACAGGGCCAUCUGCGAGAGGAACGAGCUGCUGGAGAAGUACUGCCACGAGGUGAAGGACAAGGCCGAGGCCCAGAAGGAGCUGAGCCAGGCCUGCAAGGACAUCGAGACAGUCCGGGAGGAGAGGGACGUGGCCCGCAAGGAGAGGACGGAGGCCAUCAUUCAAAGGGAUCAGUUACUCCGAGAGUACUAUCAGGCCAGACAGAAACAAGACUCGGCCACCCUAGACAUGGAACGAGCCAACAAGGAGAUUGAGAUGCUGAGGAAACAGUAUGAGGCCAUGUCUCAGGAACUGAAGGAGGCCACACAGGAGGCCGAGGUUGCCAAAUGUCGACGGGACUGGGCCUUCCAAGAGAGGGACAAAAUAGUGGCGGAGAGGGAGAGCAUAAGGACUCUGUGUGACAACUUAAGGCGGGAAAGGGACCGGGCAGUCAGCGAUCUGGCCGAUGCCCUGCGUAAUCUGGACGAUAUGCGGAAACAGAAAAACGACGCAUUGCGAGAGCUCAAAGAACUGAAGGAGAAGAUGGAGAGCCAGCUGGAGAAGGAGGCCCGGUUCUGUCAGCUAAUGGCCCACAGCUCUCACGACUCAGCCAUCGACACAGACUCCCUGGAGUGGGAGACAGAGGUGGUGGAGUUUGAGAAAGACAGGGAUGACAUGGAUUUGAAGGCACUUGGGUUUGAUAUCGCUGAGGGGGUAAAUGAUCCAUAUUUACCAGGAGAUUGUGGAAUAUUUGUUACAAGGGUGGACAAAGGAAGUAUCGCAGAUGGAAGGUUAAGAGUGAAUGAUUGGUUGUUGAAGAUUAAUGACAUCGACUUGACCAAUAAGGACAGAAAGCAGGUGGUGAAGGCCGUCCUUAAUGGUGGAGGAUUGAUCAACAUGGUGGUACGAAGAAGGAAGUCUCUGGGAGGAAGGCUGGUCACUCCUGUUCACAUCAACCUCAUGGGACACAAAGACAGUGGUAUUGGUCUGGAGAAUGGCGUGUUUGUCACUGCUGUCGUCCAGGGCAGUCCAGCAGCCAGGGAAGGUUCUCUCACAGUUGGAGACAGACUGAUCGCUAUAAAUGGCAUUGCUCUGGAUAACAAAUCUGUGACAGAGUGUGAGGCUCUGUUGAGGAGCUGCAGGGACUCUCUUAGCCUCUCUCUCAUGAAGUUCUUCCCUCACAGCACGUCAGGCCAGAACAUCUUUGAGAGUCUGCGUGAGUCAUCUGAAAAGUCCAACGGGCGCAUUCACCUGUCAGAGAUUCAUUCCCGGAACAGUCGCAACCUCAAACACAACAGCUCGACACAGACUGACAUCUUCUGCCCCGAUGUUGGAGGCACUAGCACAAGUAGCAUCUCUGGGGAGAGGAGGAAGGUCAGGGGUGAGUCUGAGGAGGUGUACAGCGACAUCGGCAAGCCGUUCUCCACAGGUUCCCUCCAUGCCACUAGCCUUCGGCCGGCCUCUGACUUGGGUUCUGGCCGCUACGGGCCCAGUGCUUUCCAAGAGUGCUGUCCCUACACAAAGGGACCUUCCUCCUUGCCCUUUGACCCUGUGUCGCCCUCAGACUGCAUCACAAUGGAGACAACCCUGGAGAAAAAGCACAGCGGGGGCACAUGGCCCAAGAUGAUGGUAGGAGGUAUGUCGGUUGCACCAGAUAACACCAGUUCAGUCGCAGCAGCAGCCCAGCUCUCCAUCUACAAAUCGCCCAAGCAGAGGAAGUCCAUCUUCGACCCAGACACUUUCAAACGCCCCGAAACACCUUCCUCUAAGAUGGAGUACAUGGCAGCCAAUCAGAUUGCAGUGGUAGCUGCCGCUGCUGCAGCUUCCCACUCCCCCCAGCCUUCGAAGACAGAGUCCCUCUCCUCCUCAUCCACCCCUACCCCAACCCCUCCAACCCCUCCCACGCGCAGUGACUCCUUUAAGUUCAAACACAAACAUCAAAGCAGCUCUGCCUCUGACUGCACUAUCACAUCAGACGGCAAGGGAGAGGCUAUCAUCUCCAUGGCAGCAGGAGAGAGCAGAGAGAGGAGCGAGCGAGAAAGAGACAGGAAUGGAAACCACUAUUUCCUGGACGGCAAGGUCCUCACCUCGAGGAAGUCAUGUGACGAGGACAUCGGUCGAACCAGAGGGGAGGAGCCAGAGGUAAAGAGGCCACGCCCCAAAUCUGCCCCAGCCCUCCGCCGUAGGAUGACCCCCCAGACCAUCACUCUUCCCACUUUUCAGAGCUACUCUAACGAUGAACACUCACCAGAGCCAAGGGACAUGCUGCGUUCCUCCCCCAGCCGCUCCCAUAGGCACAGCGUCGGCUUCGUCCCCACAGUCUACAAUGGAACCCUACCUCCUAAUUCAGCCCACCGGGGACUGGCUCCUUGCCCCGCAGUGACUGCCGUGAUGAGGAAUCCCGUGUACACCGUGCGCAGUCACCGUGUUCAUACCAGCAACUGCCCGUCUGUUGCCUCUCAGAUAUGUCACCAGCACACCCACACCAGCCCACAACACCAGGGUCGUCUGAGCCUGGACCUGAGCCAGCAGAAGCGCACGAGCGACUUCUCUGAAUCGUCAUCGUCACGCAGCAGCAGAGCUUCACACGGUACAAACUCACUGCCUUCCAGCGCACGGCUCGGUUCUUCCAAUAAUGUCCAGUACCGCACAGAGAGGAUCAAAAUUCCUUCUACUCCCCGCUACCCACGCUCCAUGCUGGGGUCAGACAGAGGCUCCCUCUCACACUCCGAGUGUAGCAGUCCCAGUCUCAUCACACCUCCACAAUCGCCACUCAACCUGGAGACUUCCUCGUUUGCCAGCAGCCAGUCACAAGGCUCCAUUUCCACUUUACCUCGGAUCUCAGUCAGCCCUGUGCCAAUAGGAGAACGCAGGAAAGACAGGCCAUACUUGGAGGAACCCCGCAAUGUCAUCGUGCACAAAGGUGCAGAGCCUCUUGGCAUCUCCAUCGUCAGCGGGGAGAACGGAGGAAUCUUUGUCUCUAAAGUUACUGGAGGUAGCAUCGCCCACCAGGCAGGAUUGGAGUAUGGAGACCAAUUACUGGAGUAUAAUGGCAUCAACUUGCGGAACGCUACAGAGCAGCAGGCUCGUCUCAUCAUCGGCCAGCAGUGUGACACCAUCACCAUUAUGGCCCAGUACAACCCACAUAUGUACCAGCUGGGCAACCACUCUCGCUCCAGCUCUCGUCUGGAGCCGGUCAGUACUCAGUCGACUCCCCAAGGAAGCGGGGCGGCCACCCCCGACAAUCACUCCACCAUUGAUACACUCAGCGAACAGGACGAGGGCACGCUCACUCCCUCCUCCAAGCAGACCACACCCACUACCAGCCCCCACAAUUUCAUCAGAAUGCCAUCUGAGGGCAGCAGGAAGGUGGGCGAGCCACGGCUUGUGACGGUGCGCAGACCUGGAGUGGAGGUGGGAGUCACACUCUGUGGAGGGAACCUACGGGGCGUCUACAUAGAGAGUCUGGAUGAGGACAGUCCUGCCAGAGGCCCUGAUGGGCUGCUCCCUGGGGACCUCAUCUUAGAGUAUAACUCGGUGAAUAUGAAGAAUAAGACGGCAGAAGAGGUGUACGUUGAGAUGCUGAAGCCUGCAGAGGUGGUCACAUUCAAGGUGCAGCAUCGACCAGAUGACUUCAGCAUGCUCAAAGAUGUCCCAGGAGAUGGCUUUUAUAUUAGAGCACUUUAUGACCGGGUAGGGGAGUCCGAGGGGGACCUCAGUUUUAAGAAGGAUGACAUCCUGUACGUGGAUGAGUCUUUACCAAAGGGCAGCUUUGGGACCUGGAUGGCCUGGCAGCUAGACGAGAACGCACAACAGAUCCAGAGGGGGCAGAUCCCCAGCAAGUACAUGAUGGACCAAGAGUUUUACCGCAGACACAGUGUGACAGAAAUGAAGGAAGACUCCAGUAAGACUCUCUCUGCAGCGGCCCGUAGAUCCUUCUUCAGAAGGAAGCAGAAACACAAACGCAGCAGCUCCAAAGACAGCAAAGAGAUGGUGGCACUGGACGCCAUCAGCACAGACUCCAUCCCCUUUCUUGAUGACUGUGUGAGCUUGGCCUACCAGCGGGUCCAGAAGGUAGAGUGCACCUCUCCGCGGCCGGUACUCAUCCUUGGGCCACUCACUGACCCCGUGAAGGAGAUGCUGGUCAAAGAUUCUCCUGGAAAGUUCUGCAGAUGUGUACUGGAGGUGAUGAAGGCAUCCCAGCAAGCCAUCGAGCGGGGCGUCAAAGAUUGCCUCUUCAUCGACUACAAGCGCAGGAGUGGCCAUUUUGAUGUGACCACUGUUGCUUCUAUAAAGGAAAUAACAGAUAAGGGCUGUCACUGUUUGCUCGACAUUGCCCCUCACGCCAUCGAAAGGCUCCACAGCGUUCACAUUUAUCCAAUUGUUGUCUUCGUCCGCUACAAAAACGCCAAGCAGAUCAAGGAGCAGAAAGAUCCAGUUUAUCUGCGGGACAAAGUAUCUCAAAAACAUUCCAAGGAGCAAUUUGAAAGUGCACAGAAGAUAGAGCAAGAGUACAGCAAAUUCUUCACAGGUAUUGUCCAAGGUGGCACCCUCCCUUACAUUUGCACUCAGAUCAUGACUAUAGUUGAUCAAGAACAAAGUAAAGUCCUGUGGACUCCGCUUGGCUGCCCCUAGAGGAGCCCGGCUGCCACUACAGCAAGCUGCGGCCUCCAUCUCCAUUCCCCAGACACUAAUUAACUCUUUCACACUAUACCAAUAGGUACACUACAGCGAGCUAGUUAUGUAAAUUAUUGAUAUUUUUUUAUUUUGUCUUUGUUAUGAUUUAUAAUCAGAACCUCCUUUAUUUCUGAUGUACUCCGGAGCAGGUUAGUAGCACUGGAUCUCGACGUUAAAGUUCAUUGAGUCUUCCCUAAGGGUUUCUGGUGGUGUAUUUGUAAUGCUGCAUUGUAAGCAUCCGUUUACAGUCAAAAGACGAGUCUGAUUAUUGAUGUUCAAUAUUUGCUUGAAUGCGUGCCCCCCCUUCCCUUCCCUUCCCUUCCCUUCCCUUCCCUUCCCUUCCCUUCCCUUCCCUUCCCUUCCCUUCCCUUGUGUACGCAAACCUCAACACUAAUGAAGUUCAGCAACCCCUGACCCACCCGUGUACCAAAUGACAUUUGUGGUUUCCCUACAAUUAUGCACCCAUUUGACAACGACUGACAACUAAUUGUGUGUUUGUCUUUGUGCGUGAGUGUGUGUGUGUGUGUGUGUGUGUGUGUGUGUGUGUGUGUGUGUGUGUGUGUGUGUGUGUGUGUGUGUGUGUGUGUGUGUGUGUGUGUGUGUGUGUGUGUGUGUGUGUGUGUGAGAGAAAGAAAAAAUCAUUGAGACUGUUGUUCAUAAUUGUAAUGACAAUUUCAGAUGAGUUGAAUCAUGGUUGUUUGUUGGUGUGAAUACGAUGCUAUAGAAAUGGAAUGCCAGGAUCAGACAUCACAUUCCUCGUGGCGUUUCAUCACAAAAGUGCAAAAGCAUCAAACCUCUUGAAGUAUGUAGCUGCGUUCUUACUGAAUCUGACUGCCAGCAGUGACGGCCGUGAAAACUCAAAACACAUCGAUGUUUGCUCUAUGCAUUGUGUUUCUAUAGUAGCCGGGUGUGCGGACAGUUAAUGGGCCUUUCGGAAGUGCCUUCGGAGAAGAGGCCUGAUCUGAAACCAGCCCCUGGUCACUUAGCUAGAACGUAAAGAGGAUUUUUGAAGGUUUUGCUUCAAGAUCCCAUAUAUCAUUUCACCUGUCAUGGACUAGAUGAUUUAGGGGCUGAUUUGAGAACAGAACAGUGCAGGACAAUGGUGAGGCUUUGAGGGUAGGCCGAAGCGGCGGCCAACGGGUUAACUCCUCAGAAUGCACUCCAGGGCUAGACAGACCACUGUGUAACUAUCAUUCUAUCUCUUUAACAUAUAUUUAACAACAAUAUGGAGUAUAACAUAUUCAAUAUGCAGAUACAUCUGAAAAAAAAAACAAAAAUAUAUAAAUAAAAAUAUAUAUUACAUGUAUUUUCACUAGGUCAUAUGCCUAGGAACGUCUGGCAGUCAAGUCAUGUCUUAGCAGGUAUUAGCAUGUUUUUUUUCCUUUUUUUUUAAGAAUCUAUUUUUUAGUUUUUUUUGUGGUUGUCAGUCACUUAUCGACGUACUCAUUAAAAGAGACACUAUGAAGCAAAAUUUGCAGGGUAAUAUCUUAAAGGAUUUUCCUCUGAUCCAUUUAAAUGUUAGUGACUUUUCAUUGUUAUUUAAUUGUAUUUUUUAUUCAGGAGGCAAAAAAUAUUGACAAAAAUUUUCUGCCCUUCCUGGAACCCGUAUCCUGUAUCUUAUUGUGCCAAAAUCCACUAAGGCAACUUUAUCCUUUUUACUUCUGUUUUGCACUUGUUUAUCUGUGAACCUUAAACAUGUAACUGUUCCUAGGUUUCCAGUAGACUAUGAAUAGGUACUAUAAUUUCUACUGUAACUAAUUCACAUUUUAUGUAUCACAUCAGUUCCUUACAUUUCAUUGAUGGCCUUUUUAUUUUUAAUUAGAAAAAAAAGGAUCACUUCUUAUUUGAAUUUUUAAAAAGGGAUCUAUUCUUGCACAGUUUUUCAAAGGAAAAUUAGUCCACAAGUUUGACUAUUGGGCUAAAAGAGUAAGCAGAAACAAAUUGUAAUGUUACUAUUUUUUUGAAUAGAUAGCAUAUGUUAGAGAGAGAGAGAAAGAAAGAGAGAGAGAGAGAGCGGGAUACAACGUGAAAUGGUUGUAUUUCUUGAAAGAAUCUAGAUGCCAGGUACUGAUUGAACAUUUCUUUUAUUAAAAAGAAUGUGAUUUGUAUGUUGAGACAUUAACAUGAGAAUAAAACUCAUUUUCUGUAUCACAA